AUGAAGCCUGCUCUUCAACACAUGGCAGCUUACGCUGCCCGGCUAGCUCAAUCGGUAGAGCGUGAGACUCUUAAUCUCAAGGUUCACUACGCUCAUCUCCUAUUGCCCAACCACAUAAUAACCCAAUUCCCCUUUCCAACCUGGCUAGAGAACAUCGCCGUCCGUUCUAACGGCGACCUCCUCCUCACUGAAUUUGCUCCCACCGCCAACCUUUACCUCGUGUCCAAUCCCAACACGAACCCGAACCAGCACCUGAUCCACACAUUCGACUCCGUCCAAGGACUCGCUGGCAUCGCUGAGCCAACUGAGGAUUUAUUUGUCGUAGUGGGUGGAAAUAUCACUCUCGGGGGCAAUGGGAUUGGCCACAAUGCGAAUGGGAAUGGCUCUCCGUUCUUUGCAUGGACUAUUGACUUCCGAUACAACACCACUUUCCACGGUAUCACUGACGGACAAGAGACCAAGCAAAAUAUCAACAUCACCCAAAUAGCCCAACUCACCUCGGCACUCCUCCCCAACGGCGUGGCAUCCAUACCCGGCAACCCGGAUGCUGUACUCAUAGCCGAUUCCUUCGCUGGCUUAGUCUGGCGUCUUGACAUCCAAACUGGGUUUCACAAAGUCGCCGUCAAGGUACCGGAAAUGAGUGCACCAACUAAUUCCUCCGGCGGCGUGGUGGGCAUAAACGGCAUCAAAAUGCACCUGGGCUACUUGUACUGGACAAAUAGCGCAACCGUCAAAAUCUACAGAGUCAGGCUUGAUCGAGACGGCUACCACGAAGGGAACGGGAUAGCAGCUGUCGAGACUGUAGCGGAUUUGAGCUCCCAAGCGACGUUUCUGGAUGACUUCGCCAUUGAUGACGACGGAGUGAUCUGGGUAGUGACAAAUUCAGGCAACACGUUGCUUGCUGUUAAAGAAGGGAAGAAGGCGGUGCUGGUUGGCGGUGGAAAGACGGAGUUGACAUUUUCUGGGGGCACGGCUGCUGCGUUUGGGAGAGACCAUAGAAGCCGGAAGACGCUUUAUGUGACUACGUGUGGUGGGUUGCGGGCGCCAGUUAAUGGGACGGUCACGGAGGGGGGCAAGGUGGUUGCUGUCGAUACAAGUGGUUUUCGGUUGUGA